GCGGAGCCAAAAUGCGGAGGGCGGUGACGCACGAGCCUCCCAACUCGCCAGGCUCCUCGCCGACCCCGACCAAGGCCCAGACCGCAGCAGGUUCCUAGGGCUGCCCAUCGGUUAAAAAUGUUCUCCCGAAGCAUCUCUGCCCUGCUAUCUGGCCUACUGUUUUGGUUAGUGUUUGGAUGGACUCUGACAUUUGCUUAUAGUCCUCGGACCUCUGACAGGGUCUCAGAGACAGAUAUCCAGAGGCUGCUUCAUGGCGUUAUGGAACAGCUGGGCAUUGCCAGACCACGGGUAGAAUAUCCAGCUCACCAGGCCAUGAAUCUUGUGGGCCCACAGAACAUCGAAGGUGGAGCUCAUGAAGGUUUGCAACACUUGGGUCCUUUUGGCAACAUUCCCAACAUUGUGGCAGAGUUGACUGGUGACAACAUUCCUAAGGACUUUAGUGAGGAUCAGGGCUACCCAGAUCCUCCAAAUCCUUGUCCUGUUGGAAAAACAGAUGAUGAUGGAUGUCUAGAAAACAGCCCUGACACUGCUGAGUUCAGUCGAGAAUUCCAGUUGCACCAGCACCUUUUUGAUCCGGAGCAUGACUAUCCAGGCUUGAGCAAGUGGAACAAGAAGCUCCUUUAUGAGAAGAUGAAGGGAGGACAGAGACGAAGGCGGAGGAGUGUCAAUCCUUAUCUGCAAGGGCAGAGACUGGACAACGUUGUUGCAAAGAAGUCAGUUCCCCACUUUUCAGAUGAAGAUAAGGAUCCAGAGUAA